AUGGAGUCAAGUACUACACCACAAAGUGAUACACCUACAUCAAAUACAACACCACAAUCCACUCAAGAUUCUUCCGUAAACACAAGUUCUAAAAGGGGAAAGACGGACCCGGCUUGGGGGCAUUGUAAAAUCAUUGAUACAAUUGGAGCAACAAAAGGAAAGAUAAUGUGUUUAUAUUGUAACAAAGUGUUUGGAGGUGGUGGGAUCAAUAGAUUUAAGCAACAUUUAGCUGGGAUUAAGGGUGAUGUAGAAGGAUGCAAGAAAGUACGCCCUGAUGUUCGUUAUGAAAUGCAAAAAAGCAUUGAAAAUCAUACAGAAAAAAGAAGAAAGACACAAGAGUUGUUGGCGGGGCAAGAUCUACAUGGUCCAAGCAUGAAAGACUAUGAAGAGCAAUUUUACUCACAAUGUGAUGAUAUUGAAGAAAUUCCACCAAGUAAUACUCCCGGAUUCAAGGUGAAAGGGGCUUCUAGUUCUAAAAGAGGAAGUAAUGACAAAAUGAGCUCAACAAAUAAAGAAAAAAAAUACAUGGGCAUUGGGGAUUAUUUAAUGCCUAGAACUACUAAAGGAGCACAACCAACACUUAAGAGUGUGUUGCAAAGUAAAGAGGCUAUUGAUAGAUGUGAUCUUGCUAUCUCUAAAUGGAUGAUUGAUGCUUCUAUUCCCUUUAAUGCAGUUAAUUCUGUAUACUUCCAACCUAUGAUCGACGUAGUGGCAAGUAUAGGAGCUGGUUAUAAAGGCCCUAAUUUUCAUGCUACUCGUGGCUAUUUGCUAGCAAAGAAUGUGGAGGAGACAAAAAAAUAUGUUAAUAGCUAUCAACAAACAUGGAAAGAAACAGGCUGCACUAUUAUGGCUGAUGGUUGGACAGAUCAAUGCAGAAGGACUUUAAUUAAUUUUUUGGUAUAUUGUCCAAGAGGUACUGUGUUCCUAAAGUCUAUUGAUGCUUCAGAUGUCUCAAAAACAGCAGAUUUGUUGUAUAAAUUAUUCAGAGAUGUUGUAUUAUUUGUCGGUGCAGAGAAUGUGGUUCACAUGGUUACUGAUAAUGCAGCAAAUUAUGUAGCAGCAGGAAGGUUAUUAGAACAAGAAUUUCCAACACUUUAUUGGUCUCCUUGUGCAGCUCAUUGCAUAAAUUUGAUGUUGCAAGAUAUUGGAAAGUUGGAUGAAGUAUGCAAUAUUGUUGAUCAUGCUUCUAAAAUCACAAAAUACAUAUACAAUCAUUGUUUUGCUUUGCAUUUAAUGAGAAAGCAUACAAAUGUGAAAGAAAUACUUCGUCCUGCACCAACUCGUUUUGCAACCAACUUUAUUGCCUUACAAAGUAUUUUGUCACAAAAAGAUGCUAUUCAAGCUAUGGUGACAUCAAAAGAGUGGACUACAUCUGCAUAUGCCAAGGAAAGAGCUGGAAAAAAAUUUGUUGAUCAUGUUUUGGAUUCUAGCUUUUGGAAAGAAUGUGUUGUGAUUGUCAAAGUCACUGAGCCUCUUGUGCGUGUUUUACGCAUUGUUGAUGGUGAUGAUAGACCUGCUAUGGGUUUCAUAUACGAGGCUAUUAACAAAGCUAGAGAAGAAAUGCGUAAGAGAUUUCAAAGGAGGAAGAAAAGGGUUGAGCCUUAUUUAAAGAUUGUUGAUUCUCGAUGGGAUAGGCAAUUGCACAAAAAUCUUCAUGCUGCUGGUUAUUGGUUGAAUCCAAGAUUCCAGUACAACAACCAAGAGAUGGAAAACCACAAGCAUACUAUAUCUGGACUUUUAGAUGUCAUUGAAAGGUAUUCUAAUGAAAAUUCUGAUUUGAGAUCUAAGUUGACAAGUGAGAUGAAGUUUUUUAGAACAGCUCAGGGAGACUUUGGACGAAGGUCAGCCAUAUCCGAUCGUAAUUUGAUGGCACCAGACUUUGAUGAAAUUGGAGAUUGGGUGCUUGAAGAAGAGCCUAACAUUUUAUCAAGCUCCGAAUUAGAGGAUUUCACUCAACAUCUUGCUUCUUGUGAUAUUAACAUUCAAGAUAAUGAUGAUUUGAAUAUGGAUGCAAUUUUUAAUGAAUAUGAUGAUGAUGACAUGAUGAGAAUCAUGAGACAAAUGGCAUUGAAGCAAAUCUUGGAACCAAUUCUAUUUCUCCUUUUCCUUGGCCACCGAUGGAUUGAAUAUAUGUUGAUGUUUAGUUCAAAAUUUUCUUAUGCAUUGGAUUAG